UUGAGCAGAAUGGAACAGAACAUGCCUCCUGCCGCACUCUGAUCGUUGGUGAAUGAGGUUGUCGGACUUUGUUUUAUGAUGACCCUUGACCUAAAAGCAGACCAGGGAUAAGGUCCGAAGACAGAUUCCCAAGACAGUGCUCAGGACAGGGGGAGUCGGGGGCGUGAGACAUGACGGCGGAGAGAGCUGUCCACAGGCAAAAAAAACAGUUUGUUCACAGUUGCCGCGCCCCUUACCCUACCACGCUGCCCCAUAGAGCUGAUUUCACCAAAACGGACUGUCUUGAACAGUUUGCCUGUGCAGGGAAGUGCCAUGGACGGCCAUGUGAGCUUGCAACAGCAGCAGCAGCAGCAACAGCAGCAGCGGCGGCAGCAGCAGCAGAAGAGGAGGAGGAGCCGCCACAUAGGUCUGCAGAGAUGCAUGCUGGGACUGACCCUGCUGCUGCUGUUGAUGGAGGUUGUCGUCAGCCGCCUCUGCAACUGCCUCAUCAACAUGGUGGACUCCUUCCACACGGUCUACGUCCUCCUCCAGCUGCUGCUCCUGCACCUCCAGACCAGACAGCCCCCUCUGGGCUCCUCUUCCUCCUCCUCCCUCUCGUCCUCCUCCAUCGCGCCUCCUCCCAGUCCUCCAAACUCUGCAAACCCUGAAGGCCUCCUCCACCACCCUGGCCCAGACCCAGGCACCAUCACGGACCCACUCACUUGUGAACACUCAACCAACACCAACACCAACGUCAACACCUCUCCCUCCUCCUCCACGUGCACGUCUUCGUCUUCGCUUCUCUCACAGCCCAGAGUGGUGGCGCGUCUGCAGCCGUUCGGAGCGCUGGUGUCAUCGCUGCUGGUGGUAUCCCUGUGCGUGUCCGUCAUGCACGAGAUCCUCCACCACGUGCUGCAUCCGCACCCUAUUCAGCACCCCCUGCUGGCUGUUGGCGCCAGUGUCCUCAGCCUGCUCUUCAACGCGGCCGUGCUGGCCUACGCUUGGGGCCACGCAGCAGGAGCAACAGACCUCGGCACUGAAACCUCCACCACCUACUCCACCAAAAGAACAGGAUGCGGCAUGGAGUCGUAUCACCCACCGACAGCAGCUACUUGCUCUCUGGGGUGUGACCGCGAUGAGGCGCUACCUCUUGCAGAACCGAAGGCCGUCGAGGGACAGCUGAAUGAGGUUUCGCAGAGCCAGCAGUCCAACGCUUUGGAGCUGGAGGAUGGUCUGUCUCGGGUUCCGGAAUGCACUGGUCUUCUCGGCAACAGUGGUAAUUCAGCUUCCCUGAACGACAGUCACCCGUCAACACCCCUCAGAGCACCGCCAUCCACCACAACAGUUCAGCGUGGGAGGACCGGCCGUCUUGUGAGUCUCCUCCUCCGGGACCUGCUCUGCCCAUCCCUGGCCCUGGCCAACGCCCUGGCAUCGCUGCUGCUGGGCACCCCCAACUGCCACCACCACCACCCAGAGCCCGAGAGGGAGGAGCCGCUCCAUUGCAGCAGCGUAGUCUACCUGGACCCGGGCCUGUCCACCGUGGCCGUGCUGGCGCUGCUGGCGUUCGCCGUGCCCGAGGUGCACCGUCUUGGGCUACUGCUGCUGCAGAGCCGCCCCCCGCAGCUCAGUGUCGUGGAGCUCAAGCGCCGCCUGGUGGCCGUGCGCGGCGUGGCGGGCGUGCACGAGCUCCACGUGUGGCAGCUCAACGAGCGCUGCUGGGUGGCCUCCGUGCAUGUGCACGUGAACGUAAACGGGUUCGGGUCGGGGUCAUCGUCGUCGUCGGGACUGGGAGUGCUGCUGAUUCAAGUGGUGGAGGAGGUGACGGAGACUCUGUGCCGUGCCGGGGUGAGCGUGUGCACGGUACAGCCGGAGGUGUUGCCCGAGAGCGCGGGUGGGGGGGACACGGCUGAGCCUCCGCCGGGCGAACCUGGUGGUCUAGGAGGCGAUUGGCCCUGCAGCCUGGCCUGUGGAAAGAAGUGCGAGAAGAUGCUGUGCUGCUCACCUGCUGCCAUACAAGAGGACAACAGGCACUACUCCCUCUAGUGGCGGAAAGCAGGACUGCACUGGGUCCAAAAAAAACGGCCCAAGGCAUUUGUGGCGUAGUUCAGCCCCACACACAGCCCCCAUCUUUCUGCGAUGUUUUGACUGCUUUAUAAGUCCAUUGUCUUAUGUAUUACAGCUGGACCAAUGGACUACUAAAUGGUGGGCCAGUCUCUACGGCAAAAACGUAAUAAAAACAAAAAUGAACCAACAACAACAGCAGCAAUGGGCCCGGAUGACUGUCGGCCCACUGGGAAAAUGCCCUGUAUGCCAGAUUCCCAGUCCAGCCUUGAUGGAAAGGCCCAGAGCCUGGAGACAUAACGUUCGAGAAUACUCAUGUGUGGAGGGCUGAGUUUCAAGCAGUUGAACACUAAACAUGAUCAUAUCAUAACAGUUCACAAUAGAGCUAAAUGAAAUUGUUGUAUGACUUGAAGGUGCUCUUUUAUAACCUCUUGCUUUGUAUAUGUUGACAUGGUUUGUAUUCAUUAAUGUACAUUUUGAGGAUGACCGUUAAACCUGUUUACAGUAAUAAUCACCAUUCUUUGCUAUGGUCGUAAUCAGUCUUAUAGCAAUGUACUGUAGCCUACACUGUAACAAAUAGCUGUUUAUUUACGGAAAUUCUGCAACAGCAUUCUACUGCUUUUCGAAAAAACAGACAACUACUGUGAAAAUAUUACUUUGAGUCACAUAUUGAGCAAAAACAGUAAGUACUGCACAAUAGCAGUAUUCGCCGUUGUGGAAAAAACUAGAGAUGCACCGGAUCCUGAUUUUUAGGAUCCUGCCGGAUACCAGAUCCACUGAAUAAG